GGUGAGUCCAACAAACAGCUCAUGGGACCCAGAAGAAAUUAGACAUCAGGCAAAUACAAGACCUUCUUCAGAAUAAAACACACAACAGAAAUACAACAUGAAAGGAUUCCACUUUCUGGCUGGAUUAAUUCUGCUGGCUGUUGUUCAGUGCAGCAUUCAGAUUCCUCUUGGAGACACAGAGGAUAAUCCAAGAUUACUCCAAACAUCAGAGGCUGAACCUGAAGAUGAAUCCAGAGAAAUAAGGAAUGUCAAACGUCACUCACAAGGCACAUUUACCAAUGAUUAUACCAAGUAUCAGGACUCGAGACGAGCUCAAGAUUUUGUUCAGUGGUUAAUGAGUAACAAAAGAAGUGGUGUCGAAUCAAAACGUGACGUCAUUGACACGUUGACAUACCCAGGUGACUUCAACUCUUACCUUCAAAAUGAGCUUGCCAGAAAGAUUUUGUCUCUGCUGAGGAAAACAAAGGGAAGAACAGACUUUGCACAAGAAAGUAUUGAAGAUGAAGAGAAGCGUAGAAGGCAUGCUGAUGGAAGUUUUACCAGUGAAAUCAACAAACUUCUGGACAGCAUUGCAACAAAGGAAUUUGUAAACUGGAUCAUGAAUUCAAAAUCUUCAGAAGCACACCCUUUCAUGGACAUCAGUGAAUGAAGAAUAUAACGAUUUGGGAAACUGAUUCCACAUGAAUUUGAUCUCUACUGAAAAUGUGUACAAAAAAUGUAUUUUAUAUAAAUGACUCCAAUAUAUAUUAAAGCCAUACUGCUUUGCAUGAAAUGAAAUUAAGACCAUGUGGUGUCAAGAAACUUAAAAUAAAAAAACUAUUAUGUUUGAAACAUGCACAAUGUACUGUAAACUAAGGAAAUAAGGAAAUAAAUCCAAUUAUGUCUUAUUUGGGUCUUUUGAGAAAGAAAAUUAACAUUUAUUACCACCUACUCUGUUAUUUUUUUAGCAAAGUCAUUUGUAUAUACGUGAAUUAACAGGUACACUUAAAAGUGCUAAAUGUGAAAUUCCCUUAUAACAUUGUUUCGGAAAGGAUAAUGCAAAGCUUUGAGAUUUGAAAA